AUGCGAGUAUUCCAUUUUUGUGUAAUAAUUAACACUCUUCAUCUAAUUUCUGUCACUCCAGAUUUUUCCACAUCGCAAAUACACAUCACGUUGCUACAUCUUUCUUCUUCAAACUAUACGAGCAACAUGUCAAACGGUAACCAUAUUGAUGAAUCAUCUGACAAUGACCAAGAGUCUAUACUUGAAUUCGAGAGAUUGGAGUCUACCUUACCGCCAGCAUUGAGAAGAUCAGCAUCCUCGUUGUUGGAAGCAAUUCAAUCGACACCAACUCCGUUGCAGACUUCAGGUGGUCACACAAACCCACACAUUCAACAGGAUCACACAAUUAGAUCACCGCAACCACAACAUCCAAGAGAAUUGAUAACUCCAUCGGGCACACCUGGGUACCAGACGAUUCCUGGUAGAAAUGCCACUGCAACACCCAAUUUGAAGAAUGCUAGCCAUAGACAGACUCUUAUCAACAGGUUAUCCAAGUCGGAGAAUGGAAGAGAAGCUUCUCCAAUUCCAUUGCCAAAGCCUAAAUUCGAUGAAAACAUUUUCAAACCUGCUAUGAACUCUAAAAACUCGUCCACAGGUGUGCUUUGGGCAACCGAAAGAGCAGCAGAAUACGGCUAUGACUCUGAGCAUGUUGGGGAUUGGGCAAAUUUAGGUCAAGGUGCCCCAGAACAUGGCGAUACCGUUCCUGGAUCAUUUCCAAGACCAAAGACUAUCAGCGUACCAGAUUGUUCGCGGGAGUAUGCACCAACUGCAGGUAUCAAGGAAUUGAGAGAGGCAGUGGCUAACUACUACAAUGAAACAUACAGAAGUAAAAAGGCCAGCAAGUAUACAUACAAGAAUGUCUGUGUUGUUCCAGGAGGUAGAGCUGGGUUGACAAGAAUUGCGUCGAUCAUUAGUGAUUGUUAUUUGUCGUUUUUUUUACCAGAUUACACAGCAUACGCUGAAAUGUUGUCAUUGUUUAAGAAUUUCUCACCAAUUCCAGUCCCAUUGAAAGAAGCUGAUAAUUAUGAAAUUCACUUGAAAAUGAUCAAGGAGGAAUUGACAAGAGGUGUUAGUGCGUUAUUGACGUCAAAUCCAAGGAAUCCAACUGGUCACUGUAUGAAGCCGGAGCAGUUACAUCAGCUUCACAACAUGUGUCGCGAAAAGUGUUUAUUGAUUAUGGACGAAUUCUAUUCUCACUAUUAUUAUGAUGGUGGUUGUGAUGGUUCAUCAAUUAGUUCUGCUGAAUUUAUUGAAGAUGUCAACCGUGACCCAGUUUUGAUUCUUAAUGGUUUAACAAAGGCAUUCAGAUUACCUGGAUGGAGAAUUUGUUGGAUUCUAGGACCAGAGGACUACAUCAAUGCUUUAUCAUCAGCAGGAUCCUUCUUGGAUGGUGGUUCAAAUGCUCCUUUCCAAUAUGUAGCUAUUGACUUCUUGCAGCCCCUCAAGGUCAAACGUGAAAUGAAAGCCUUACAAUUACAUUUUAAAAUGAAACGCGACUACAUCAUUGAGAGAUUAUCCAGGAUGGGUUUCAAAUUCACUGAAAAGAAUACUCCAAACUCGACCUUCUAUCUUUGGCUCAAUUUAUCUCACUUACCAGGAAAGCUUAGCAACUGUUUGGGAUUUUUCCAUGAGUGUUUGCACGAAAAAGUUAUCGUUGUUCCUGGGUUUUUCUUUUUGAUCAAUCCACAAAACUUGAGUCAUUUGGAGGAGGUAAUCUGGUAUAACUACGUUAGAAUUAGUUAUGGACCAGAGUUACAUCAUUUGGAAAAAGGUAUGGAUGGUAUAGAGCGCAUUUUGGACAGGUUUGGUUGCUUGCCAUACCAAAUUAAGUAG